AUGAACAACUCUGGAGAGCUAAGACCUUCCCUUUACGCGGCCCCGGCCUCGCUGCUGGCCGUGACCGCCCUGCUGGUGGGAUCGAGAACAUGGACACGGCUUACCUUGACUGGACUACGUGCCGAUGACGGUCUCUGCAGCUUGGUCAUGGCCUCGACUUUUGUUGGGCUCGGAAGGAAAGCCAGCGAAGUGAGCGCCGAGCAUUACGCCAUAUACCUCAAGCUCAUGACCGUCUGCUCCAUCUGCUUCAGCUUCGGCUGCGCCCUUGCAAAGUGCUCCUUUGCCGUGCUGUAUCUACGCUUGAUCCCAAACCGAUAUGUUCAAAUUCUGAACAAGUGCCUUAUAUUCUACAUUUUUUGCCAAGCCAUCGAGGAGACCUUGUGCCAGCCAGUGGCAAAGGCUUGGGACCCAAAAAUCAAAGGCAGCUGCAUCAACAUAGAAAUUAUGUGGUGGGUGGGCUUUGUAUCCAAUAUCUGCACAGAUUGGAUUCUCUUCCUUCAGCCUAUGCCUUUUAUUUGGGGACUGCAGCUGAUCUCGGUCUCCAAGAAGAUCGGCCUCAGCUUCAUGCUGUCCCUAGGCCUUUUUCUCUGUAUACUGUCCGUCAAGAGGCUCGUCGAAGCCACAAAACCCACAAUCAAUGACGGAAUGUUACUUCUUGCCGAGCCACUGCUAUGGUCCAUGUCCGAGCUGAGCGCCCUGAUAGUAUGCUCCUGCCUUCCGACGCUCCGCCAGACGAUUCACCGCAUCCCGUGGCUCAACCGGCUGCUGAUGCCCGGCUGCAAGCUGAACUCGGACCGAGCAGACCGCUACAGCAAGUCGUCGUUUGGGGCAUCGCGCUUCUUCUUCAACAGGCGAGUGCGGUACGGCCGCUCUACCAGCUGCAGCGGUGACGGGGGCAUGACUGAGGUCGGCACCUGCCCGAGCCAGACCAACGCCGAGGACAAGAGCAGCAGCAGCAGCGAGCAUCAUCACAAGGGGCCCACGGCGACUACGACCGAGGCCGCCGAGGGCCGGCCCAUACCCAAGCGGCACCUCGCGCCGCCGCAGUUCUGGUCGAGGUACGGACCGCGGCAGCCCAUGAAUCUUCAAUCAGGGAUGCAGUCGAACCUCGAAGCCAGCAGCAUCCGUGAUAUGAAAAACAGAGCCAGCCAGAGUAUCGACUACGUACCAUCGAGGUCCGAGCCCAGCGAAUUAUGGCAUGACCUUAAUUACGGAAACGCAAAGUCACAUUUAUAUGACGAACGACAUUCGGGAAUGAGAAUAGUAGCGAUCGAGGGCCAGGAGUUUGACCAGAUGAGUGAUCUGGACCCUCUUGAGGAGACGGAAGGUUAUUACACAGGUAAACCACAACACGCGGAGCCAUUCCGAGUCGAACUGAUCGAUGGGGGCGGUGUGAUUGGUCAAGUGGGUGCCGUGCACGGACGAAACACGAUCGAUUUGAUUCAGGAUCUGGGGGCCCAGCAUUGUGGCGCGUCGGUAGUGACGCGUUGGAGGUUGAAUCGAUAA